GUCAGCAUGCGUUAGUGUCAUGGCGAAGUCUUCUACGGACAGGGCAUUAGAACUUUUGCGAUACCUUCCACGAGUGUCUUUGGGUAAUCUCGGCCCAAAUCCUAAUAAUAAAGCCCUAAGAAAAAAAAAACCUAAAAGGGGGCAAUAUGGAGGAAAAACUCAUGGACAUGGUACUAAAGGAUCUGGUCAAAGACAAGGCUACAUGAGAAUUGGCAUGGAAUCUGGAGCUACACCAUUUUAUUUGAGAAUUCCUUGUGAGCCAUAUCACAAAGGCCAUCACUUGAGACGUCAGUAUCCACCCUUGUCACUCAAGCAACUGCAGCUUAUGAUCGAUACAGGCCGAUUAGAUCCCUUGCAACCAAUUGAUCUUACUGCUGUUUGUAACACCUCUUUGUAUUUCCUUGAUCCUAGUGAACGACAUUUUGGAAUUCAGUUAACUGAUGAAGGUCUUGAUUCAUUUAAAGCUCAAGUAAAUAUAGAGGUUCAGCAUGCUCCUGAACCAGUUAUUGCUGCAAUAGAAAGGAAUGGAGGCUUGAUCACCACUGCAUACUAUGAUGUGGCUAGUUUAUAUGCAGCCAUGGAUCCACUUAGAUUUUUUAAAAAAGGAGUUCCAAUACCCAAAAGACAUCUACCUCCAGAAGAUGCAGUGGAGUAUUACACAAACCCUGCAAACAGAGGUUACUUGGCUGAUCCUAGCAAAGUUGCUGAGGAAAGAUUUUCCUUGGCUCAAAAGUAUGGCUAUCAAUUACCCAAUAUUGCUGAAGAUCCAAAGUGGGAACUUCUUACCCUGAGGAAAGAUCCACGUCAAAUUUUCUACGGACUCGAGCCUGGCUGGGUCGUCAACAUUCGUAAAAAGAAAAUUCUUAAACCCAAAGAUGAACAGCUUCAAGAAUAUUAUAGAUCAUGAAAAAUUUCAACAGGGCCAUAGAAAACAAUUUAGAUUAGUCUGGAUCUUGAUCCAGGCUGCACACAAAACAUCAAGUAGCUCUCAUCGGGACACUGGUUUUCUUGAACUUUUUCUCACUGCUCGAGCAAGUAUGGCCCAGACAUACUCGAUGGGGUUCAUAUCAGGUGACUGACUUGGCCAUCGGA